CCUGUGCUGGUAGUGGUACAACAGCCCUGGUGAGUCUAGUCUUUGCUUAAAACAAAGUUCCAGGAUCCUUGACGGAGUUUGCCACGAAAAAUUCAUCGUUAUUAUCAUCUGCCUUACACUUUUUGAUUAUUUCUACUCUCAAAAUUUGAUCUUUCAUGAUAUAUUUGCUAAAAAAGACCCACCUUCCUUAGACUCUUUAAUGGCUGUUGCAAGUGAUUCAAUUCUUUCACGUACUCUACUCAAAAUUACUCCCAGUUUCAGUUUCAAGACUCAGAUUUCUGCCACCCCAGUUUAUCUUGCAAGAGGGUUUUCUUGCAAUGGGAGAAAUCUCAAGUUCAAGUGUGAGAUCAAGGCUGAAGUUCAAGCAGGGGUAGUGUUACAAGAGAAGAGUUUGCAGGGUUUGAGUUUGGGGUUUGAUGUGGUGUCAGAGGGGGAACUGAGAGAGAAGGGGUUCAUGGGGAUGAGGAAGACGAAGAUGGUGUGUACAAUUGGGCCUGCAUGCUGUUCAGAGGAAGCUUUGGAGAAGUUGGCCUUCGGAGGCAUGAAUGUGGCUCGGCUUAACAUGUGUCACAACUCUAGGGAGUGGCAUCGUGAUGUGAUUAGGAAGAUCAAGAGGUUGAAUGAUGAAAAGGGGUUUUGUGUUGCUGUGAUGAUUGAUACUGAAGGUAGUCAGAUUCAUGUGGUUGACCAUGGUGCUCCUUUCUCUGUCAAAGCUGAGGUGGAUUCAAUAUGGUUAUUUACUGCUCAAAAGUUUGAGGGAUCUCUUCCUUUUACAGUGCAAGCAAAGUAUGAAGGCUUCUCUGAAGGCAUUGAAGUGGGUGAUGAGCUUGUUAUUGAUGGAGGAAUGGCAAGCUUUGAGGUGAUUGAAAAACUUGGGAAUGAUUUGCGUUGUAAGUGCACAGAUCCUGGUCUUUUCCUACCUCGAGCAAAAUUUAGCUUCUGGAGAGAUGGGAAGCUGGUGGAGAGAAAUUAUGGGCUCCCUACUCUGUCAAAAAAGGAUUGGGCAGACAUCGAGUUUGGAAUUUCCGAAGGAGUUGAUUUUGUGGCCAUGUCAUUUGUAAGUGAUGCUGAUUCUAUCAGGCAUUUGAAGAAUUAUCUCUCUUCGAAAUCGACAAAAUCCAUAAAAGUACUGGCAAAGAUUGAAAACCUGGAGUCUGUGCUGAAAUUGGAAGAAAUUGUAGAGGCUUCUGAUGGAAUAAUGGUGGCUCGAGGCGACCUUGGAGUUGAAAUUCCACUUGAGCAGAUUCCAACAGUCCAAGAAGAAAUUACCCAUGUAUGCAGGCAGCUAAACAAGCCAGUGAUUGUAGCUUCUCAACUUCUUGAGUCAAUGGUUGAAUAUCCAACUCCAACACGUGCUGAGGUUGCAGAUGUUUCCGAAGCAGUUAGACAAUAUGCUGAUGCCUUGAUGUUGUCUGGAGAGUCAGCAAUUGGACCAUAUGGACAGAAGGCUAUUUCUGUCUUGCAAAUGACUAGCAGCCGAAUGGAACUGUGGAGUCGUGAGGAAAACCGACAAAGUGCUCUCAACCAGCGUCAAUUAGGAGUAUCACUACCAGAUCGCAUCACUGAGCAGAUCUGCAGUUGUGCAGUUGAAAUGGCUAAAAAUCUUGGUGUAGAUGCCAUCUUUGUGUACACAAAACACGGGCAUAUGGCAUCUCUCUUGUCUUGUAACCGUCCACACCCUCCCAUAUUUGCUUUCACUAAUGAUGACAGCACCCGGAUGGCUCUGAAUUUGCAAUGGGGAGUCAUUCCCCUCCUUGUUGACCUAUCAGAUGACAUGGAAGCUAAUGUAUCAAAAACCAUAGAUCUCAUGAAAUCGAAGGGGAUGGUAAUACAGGGUGAUUCUGUUUUGGUGGUGUCAGAUUUAAUUCCAGCUUAUGUUACUUCAACAGCAUUCCAAUCUAUCCAAGUGAAGACCAUUGUUUAAUGAGAUAUUUUAUCUUCUAAGUAUCGUUUUAAUCAAGCUGUAGAGAGAAGAAGGCAAGUUCUAUGAAAAGACAAAGCAAAUUUCCAAUCUGUGAGAAUGUGUAAUGUGCAUUAUGUUUAGAUGCUAUCAAUUUACAUCUUAUGAAAGUAGAAUUGUAGAAUGUUGGACGUGCCUAAACAGCCAAAAUGAAUCUUGAAAGUUUGAAUUUGGUGUAUGAGCCCACAACUAAAUGACACACAUGUCACUUUUGU